UUGCCACAUGUAAUAAUUCACACCAGAUGCUCGCAGGUUUUCAUCAUGUUUAGUGUUUUCCUUUCCUGCAGAGCUCUGGAAAGACAUUGUACUGCUCUGCCUUUUCAGGAAGAAUUCACAAUUUAUUUUAAUGGCAGAAAAAUCAUAUUCCAAAUAUUUUUAUUUUCUGCUUUACCCUGGUACUUUCACCCGCAUGUAUGAAAUGAGCUGAUAUGCUGUAGCUGCAAUGUGCUGCCUGAAACAGAAAACCUCAUGUCUGUUAAUGAGAUUAAAGGCGAAUAACAAAAAUAAUGCAUCUUGUUUAUAAUGAAAUCGAAUUCUUGAACAGCUAUAUGAACGUUAUGAAGGAGUUUUACAAUUAAAGCAACCUUUUCUGUUUAAUAGAAACUUAUCUGCAGUGGAAAAUAUCCCAAAACAAGUAGAUAUAAAAUUAUUUUACCUAUCUAGUUUUGUCUUUUGUAUAUUUUUAAUUUCUAACUCAAACUGUGCAACACCAGACGUCUAAAAGUGAUCUACGUUGAUUUUUUUUUUCUCUUUAAAUCGUGGAGUUGUGAGCUUUAAUCCAGUGGACAGCRUUUAAUUACACAUGAUGUGAACAGUUCGGGUCAAUAUUUUCCGACAGACUGUGCUAAAUAAAGCAAUCAAUGCAGCACAGAGAUGGAGAGGAGAGUCAUUCAGUCCUCUGGUGGAUCAGUCUGAGCUCCACUCAGCGCUGCAARGUUUUCUGCUUCACAAACUUCUCUCUGGGAAAUUAUCCUGGAAGUUUUCAGAAGUGAUGAGUACUGCUGAGAUCCCAGCGGGCCUGAAGGAGCUGCUGCAGGGGUACACGGUGGAGGUGCUUCGUCACAGGCCUCCUAACUUGGCUGAGUUUGCCGUGCAGCACUUCACUCGGGUUCUGGAGAACCAAAAGAACGAGCAGCAGGCCCUGAGCCCCGGCGCCAGCCCUGCAGGGAAGGAGGUCCCUGUCCCUCCUGAAACGGCUCCGAACAAGUCCAACGAAAACGAUGAAGAGGAGGAGGAGAGGGAGACUCCCAAAAUUACAAGAAAAAGACCCAACCGCCGAACUGCAGUGUGCGCGGAGGCGUAUAACCCUGACGAUGAUGCAGACGACAGCACAGAGCCUCAAGUUGUUCAUCCCAAAACAGARGAGCAACGUCAACGGCUUCAAGAGGCGUGCAAAGACAUCCUGCUGUUCAAAACCCUGGAGAAGGAGCAAUUCUCUGAGGUUCUGGAUGCCAUGUUCGAGGUGCAGGUCAAACCUCAGGAUCACAUCAUAGAUCAAGGAGACGACGGGGAUAAUUUCUACGUCAUAGACCGAGGGGUGUACGAUAUUUUCGUGGAGAAGGACGGCAAGCGCGUGUGUGUGGGGAAGUACAACAACAAGGGGAGUUUCGGCGAGCUGGCCCUCAUGUACAACACGCCUCGAGCUGCCACCAUCGUGGCGACAGAAGAGGGCGCCCUGUGGGGUUUGGAUCGAGCCACGUUCCACAGACUGAUCGUGAAAAACAACGCGAAGAAGAGGAGGAUGUACGAGGCCUUUAUAGAGUGUGUCCCACUGCUGAAGUGCUUGGAGCUCUCUGAGAGGAUGAAGAUCGUGGACGUUUUGGGAGCUCGAACUUAUAGUGAUGGAGAGCGGAUAAUAACCCAGGGGGAGAAGGCUGARUGCUUCUACAUUGUGGAAUCAGGGGAGGUGAAGAUAAUGAUCAGAACCAAAACAAAGGCAGGUCAGCAGGAGAACACUGAGGUGGAGGUGGCUCGGUGCAGCAGAGGUCAGUACUUCGGAGAGCUGGCCCUGGUCACAAACAAACCUCGAGCGGCGUCAGUCUACGCUGUGGGGAACACCAAAUGUUUGGUAAUCGACAUCCAGGCUUUUGAGCGCCUGCUGGGACCCUGCAUGGACAUCAUGAAGAGGAACAUCUCCCAGUACCAGGACCAGCUGGUGGUGCUGUUUGGCUCCAGUGAUGAUUUGAAACACUAGAGUCCAACACUAAAGGAACACUUUAAAUCAGUGCAUGUCCCACCUUUAGCCCUGCCAUGCUGAUUUACAAGACAUUACAGUUCUGUGUAGCAUACAACCCGAAUAAUCCCCAGAGAUUCUUGCAAACAGAGAUUUGUUCCAAAAUAAAAUUCACAUUUGUUCAGCAGUUCGUCUGAGCUCAUUAACCAGUUAAAGUAGAACACUGAAGACAUGAGGCAAGGUUUUACUUUAUUUUACUGAUUUAUGUUUUAUGUUGUGCUUUAAAUUUUAAAGGGGCUAAAAACCAUCUAUUUUAAGACUUCCUGUGGUUUUUCAGUAGAAAAGACUCAUAAAUUUGCUUUAUAACUUUUUGCCUAUAUUUAUCUUACACUCAACAUUCAGUAAUUUAGACCCAAAUAAAACAAAAUGAGURGUCAUUAAGGCAUUUUCUGAACUACUUAAAAUGAGAAUCUGGGUUAAAUGUUUUUUGUGUAAAUAGUAAUAGGCCACUAGGAUCCUAAAAAUAAAAAAGUGUCCCUUUUUUAAUUCUGUCAAAACAUAACCUCCAUAUUCCUUCAGUCUUUAAGUUACUGUAAAUGAUAUUUUAAAAAGGUAGAAAAAAAUAAAGGAUUGUAUUAAAUCUUCAGGUUUUCUUUAGUUUUAUUUGUUACAAAAUAUGAAGUGCUAUCAGCAGACGCCACAUCAAGUCUGCCAACCUUCUUGUGUUACAAUUAUUUACACCCCCCCCCCCACAAAAAAAAAAUUAAUGUUCCAUCUAAAGUUCUCUCCUGACACUCUGCGUUCUGGUGAGUCCCAGAGUUAAAGUCGCUGUCAAACAGUCCAAGUUCCAUUGAGGUUUAAAUAUUUAAAAUAUUUACAAAGUACUCAAACUCCCCUCACCGUCGUACUGAGGCUCGUUACCGGCUCGCUUCAGCAGUGUCCCAAACCGAGCAGAGCUGGUGGAGUUGAAGGAGCUGUUAAAUGAACGUGGUCCUCAACAGGGUGUCCAUAGAUUUACAAGUUGAUUCUCCCUCCUUUGAUGAAAACCCGAGUGAGAAAGUCUGUACAUAAUUAUUUAAAAAUACAGGCUGAAAUGCAAAUGUCUUCUCAGCCACUGAAGUGCAAUGGCUUCUAUGAUUCUCCUGUGAAGAAAUGAAAAUGACAAUUUAAAAAAAAUGAAAAAACAGGCCACCCAGAAAUGUCACCAAUUCUUGUUUUAGAAUCUUGUUUUUUUUUCUUCAGAGAAUCUCCGAAUACCAGAAUAAAACUUCAAUAAAUAGAAAUACAGCAGAGAAAUGGUCAAGUAAGACUCAUUCUGGUUUGUUCCAUCCCUGAGUUCUUUGGAGAAGGACAAAUAUACCAGACAGGAGUGACGAGCAAAAAAAAAAAAAA